AUGGGUUCCCGCCGUCAAGGAGGUCAAAUUUGCCGAUACAAGGAUACUCCGAAGUCCUCCCUGAACCCUCUGCAAAUUAACCCGACACACUGGGAAAACCUCGCCCGCGACCGACCGACCGACCUGGAGGAGGAAAGUGAAGACAUGCGCUGCGAUCUAUGGGGCCACCGGAAUCCCUCGCCUAAUUUAAGCCUGACGCCCGCCAAUCACAACUUCGCCCAGUACUCAACGCCGAUGCACAACCACUUCCAACGUAUCCUCGGUGUCACUGGGCAUACCGGGCUCGAAUCUGACUUUUUGGACAACUGCGCCUCUCAAGCUGCACUAAUAGGCGUCCGUCCGCCCGCCUCCCCUCGUCCUCUCCGCCGCCUAUUAACUCUGACAAUUCUUCUGAACGCUCACUUCCAUCACACUCCUCCUCCUCCUUCCCCCCCCCUCGUUCUUCUUCUUCUACUCCUUCUUCACCCCCUCCACCUCCUCCUCCUCCUCCUUCUCCACCACUGCAUAAACGACGGCCGAUCCGGAGGCCAUCUUGCACAUCACCCACUCCCAUAA